AUGAUUCGUUUGUUUUUCCAAAAAACAAAACCAUUAAUCAUUAAAUUAGCAUUACGUAUGUCUUCUACUGAUCAAUCAAAUCGACUGCAUUCAUUUGGUACUAAUGAAGAAGAUCCAAUCUAUGAAGCAACUGUUCACACGAUUAAAAGCCUUUCUCCAUCAAUCAAACAAUUUUAUCUCUCCAUUAAUGAUCCAUUGAAAACAUUUCAUUUUCAAUCUGGUAUGUUUCUUGACUUUUAUCUUCCACCAACAAUAACAUCGAUUAUAACUGGAUAUUCAAUUUGUAAUUCACCAUUAAAUUAUUCUAAAACAAAUCUUAUUGAAUUAGCAAUUAGAGAAACUGAUUAUCCACCAACAAAUUAUAUGUUUAAUAAAUGUCAAAUCAAUGAGAAAGUUCAUAUUAAACCUGGUGGCGAUUUUUUUUAUCAAUCUUCAACAACAAAUAAUGAUUCAAUUCUUCUUAUUUGUGCUGGUAUUGGAGCUAAUCCAAUAGUAUCUAUUCUUCGGCAUAUUCUCGAUUUAUAUUCUUCAAAUGUCUCACAAAUAAUUCCACAUCGUGUGGAAUUUUUUUAUACAGCAGCUACAAAACAAGAUCUUGUAUUUCGUGAUAGUAUCGAUUUAUCAUGUGAACAAAUGAUAAACGAUAAUAUGUUACGAACAAAUUAUUUUGUUACGAAAGAAAUUAAUGAUGAUAUCCAGAUAGAUAAUCGACGUAUAAAUACAACAGAUUUAAAACAAGCUAUUCAACGGCUUGAAAAACCUGUUACUGCUUAUAUAUGUGGUCCGUCACCAUUUAUUGAUUGGACAGAAAAUGUUUUAAAAGAAUUGAAUGUAAAAAAUAUUUUAUAUGAAAAAUGGUGGUAA